AUGCGUCUUAAGUCGAUUAAGAACAUCGAGAAGAUCACCAACACCAUGAAGAUCGUUGCUUCCACCAGAUUGAACAAGGCCCAGAGAGCCAUGCAGGCGUCCAGAGUGUUCAACGAGUCUGACGCUGAGUUCUACAAGAACACCGAGCCAGAGACCUCCAAGGAGGACAAGACCUUGUUGGUCGUUGUUUCUUCCGACAAGGGUUUGUGUGGUUCCAUCCACACCCAGAUCUCCAAGGCUGCCAGAAAAAGAAUUGAGGAGUUGAACGGCAACGCUGACAUUGUCGCCAUUGGUGACAAGGUCAAGGCUCAGUUGUCCAGAACCCACGCCGACAAGUUGGCCUUAGCCUUCUCCGGUGUUGGUAAGGAGGAGCCAACUUUCCACGAGGCUUCCGCCAUUGCCGACGAGAUCGCUACUUUGGGUAAGUACGAGAACACUGAGAUCAUGUACAACAAGUUCGUGACUGGUGUCUCUUUCGUGCCAUCCAGUUUCAACGUUUUCACCGCCGACGCUAUCGAAAAGGCUCCUGGCUUGAGCAAGUACGAGUUGGAGACUGAAAACACAUCUGAGGACUUUGCCGAAUUCUCCUUGGCUAACUCCAUCUUGACCGCCCAGGCUGAGGGUCACGCUUCCGAGAUUUCUGCUAGAAGAAACGCUAUGGACAAUGCCUCCAAGAACGCCGGUGACAUGAUCAACUCCUACUCCAUCUUGUACAACAGAACCAGACAGGCUGUUAUUACUAACGAAUUGGUGGAUAUCAUUACUGGUGCUUCUUCUUUGGACUAA